CACGUAUGCUAGACCAGGAGGAAAAACAACAAGACUGCACAACAGUAAGGGAAAGGAAAGGGAAUCCGCUCAAGAGAAGAACACGGACGGGCACAGAGAGGAGGAAAGAGGAGAAGUAGCAGAAAGCGACCUGAAAGGAAGGACAGAGUGAGCAAGAGAGGAGGGAAGAAGGGCCCCCCUCUCGUCCCAGCAGCACCGUGAGGCUGGCUGGCACAGCAAUGGCGUUCACCUUUGCUGCUUUCUGCUACAUGCUGACACUCGUGCUGUGUGCUGCUCUCAUCUUCUUCAUUAUCUGGCACAUCAUUGCAUUCGACGAUCUCCGCCAAGACUUCAAGAACCCCAUUGACCAGUGCAAUCCAACCCGAGCAAGGGAAAGAAUACGGAAUAUCGAAAGGAUCUGUAACUUGCUGCGGACUCUGGUGGUGCCGGAGUACUGCAUCCAUGGGCUGUUCUGCCUAAUGUUUAUGUGCGCCGCGGAGUGGGUCACUCUGGGACUCAACAUUCCACUGCUUUUGUACCACCUCUGGAGGUACUUUCACCGGCCAGCUGAUGGUUCUGAGGUGAUGUAUGACCCAGUCAGUAUCAUGAAUGCAGACAUCCUCAGCUACUGUCAAAAAGAAUCCUGGUGCAAGCUGGGCUUCUAUUUGCUCUCCUUCUUCUAUUACCUGUAUAGUAUGGUCUACACUUUGGUGAGCUUCUAAAAGUGGAAGUGGGGCAACGACUGGAAAAUGGUGAAAAAGAAGAGGAGGUGGGCAGUGCUCUCUCUUCCUACUCUUCUUCCCCCAUCACCCCGUUGCAGGACACCCCUUGCCCCCUGUUUACACCCCUUCACUCACCAGGAAUUCACACAGAUAAAAACACCUGAGGAAAUGUACAUGGUGACUAAUGAGAACUGUGGUGAUGUAGAGGGCUGGAACUCUGACAAGCUUAGGGACACUGCCACAGAGAGAGAGAGAAAAGAAGGAGAGAAGCACAAGGAGGGGGGAGAGAUGGAGAGCAAGGAGACCACAGCAGCUGAGGAGAGGGACAACAACUGAAAGAUAGGGGGUGCAACAGGAGAGCAGUGCCAUGACUGAAAAUGUACACCGUACCCCUCUACCCCCCUGCCCCAUCCUGCCACCCCAGUUGAUGAAUUUGACCAGACAGAAGACAAUGAGACUUAGCGUUCAUUUUCCCAGGCUGGCAUUGCCAUGCUGCCCAUCACAAGAACGGCACUCUCGUGUGUCGGCACACACACGGGUAUUGAUGUGUCACUGCCAUUCCAGCCAGACUCUACCAAACUACCAACCUGAAUGUGUGAGCCAUGUGCUUGGAUGAGUCUUUACUCUCACCCUUGCUCCAGAGAACCUUGAGUGAUAAAGGGACCCUCAAAAGCCUGCCAGAUUAGGGAGGGAUGCACCAGAGUAACACAUGACCAGGAAAAUGAGGCUUCACCCAUUCAAACCGGGGCAGGGCUGCUAUGUGCCAUCCCUUUUUGGCUCCAGACAGAACUAAUCACAAUAUUUGGCGACCCACAACAAAACAUUUUGACAGCUUAAACUAGGGAUGGGCAAAUCUGAACUUUUUUCUGAGAUCUCUUGUAAG